GGUCUUGCUCCAUUGCCCAGGCUGGAGUGCAGUGGCACCAUCUCAGCUCAUUGCAACCUCCACCUUCAGGUCUUCAGCGAUCCUCCCACCUCAGCCUCCCAGGUAGCUGGGAUUACAGGUGCGCAUCACCAUGCCUGGCUAACUUUGUAUUUUUGUAGAGACGAGGUUUCACCGUGUUGCUCAGGCUAGUCUCGAACACCUGAGCUCAAGCGAUCCACCUGACUUGGCCUCCCAAAGUGGUAGUAUUACAGGCAUAAGCCACCGCACCUGGCUGAAAAAUAAUUAUUUUUCUACCAGCAAAAGAAGAAAGGAACCCAUUAGUUCCAAGGCAACUGAAGUGACCACUUGCAAUGCAAAGGUGUUGGCUCAUUCAAAGUCAAAGAUGCUGGCUGGAUCAGUGCCUCUGUGUAUCCCCACAGUGUCUGUGGCCAUUUUCUUCAGGGCUCACGUGGUGUGCUGCAACAGGGUCAGGGGGCAAGUGCACUCUGGUCUGCCGUGCAGGUGCAGCAGGGAGACCCGCCCAGGGUCACUGUAGCUCUGGAGUGGAGCAAAGGCCAAAGCUCAGGGUUCACCUCCUCAAUCUGCUGUUGUAGCUAACACUGUGCCACUGUAAACCCUCUCCUGUGCGUCCAAGUCCACCAAGCCAUGGAUUGUUACAGAACUUCACUAAGCAGUUCCUGGAUUUACCCCACUGUGAUCCUCUGCUUAUUUGGUUUUUUCUCCAUGAUGAGACCCUCAGAACCAUUCCUUAUCCCAUAUUUAUCUGGACCAGAUAAAAACCUGACGAGUGCAGAGAUAACAAAUGAGAUCUUCCCCGUUUGGACAUACUCCUACCUGGUGCUGCUGCUGCCUGUGUUUGUCCUCACCGAUUAUGUCCGCUACAAGCCAGUCAUCAUCUUGCAAGGUAUCAGUUUCAUCAUUACCUGGCUGCUGCUGUUGUUUGGCCAAGGAGUGAAGACCAUGCAGGUUGUAGAGUUCUUCUACGGGAUGGUCACCGCCGCCGAGGUGGCUUACUACGCCUACAUAUACAGCGUGGUCAGCCCCGAGCACUACCAGAGAGUGAGCGGCUACUGCAGGAGUGUCACGCUGGCCGCCUACACAGCAGGGUCGGUGCUGGCUCAACUCUUGGUAUCCCUGGCGAACAUGUCGUACUUUUACCUCAACGUCAUAUCCUUGGCCUCUGUCUCCGUGGCCUUCCUUUUCUCACUUUUCCUACCAAUGCCCAAGAAAAGCAUGUUUUUUCAUGCAAAACCCAGCAGAGAAAUAAAGAAGUCAUCAAGCGUGAAUCCAGUAUUAGAGGAAACUCACGAAGGUGAAGCACCAGGCUGUGAAGAGCAGAAACCCACAUCAGAAAUACUCAGCACUUCAGGGAAGCUGAAUAAGGGCCAGCUGAACAGCCUGAAACCAAGCAAUGUGACUGUGGACGUUUUUGUGCAGUGGUUCCAAGAUUUGAAGGAGUGCUACUCCUCAAAACGUCUUUUCUACUGGUCUCUAUGGUGGGCUUUCGCCACAGCAGGUUUUAACCAGGUUUUGAACUAUGUUCAAAUCCUGUGGGAUUACAAGGCGCCAUCCCAAGAUUCUUCCAUCUAUAAUGGGGCCGUAGAAGCUAUUGCAACCUUUGGAGGGGCUGUGGCUGCCUUUGCAGUGGGUUAUGUGAAAGUCAACUGGGACCUUCUGGGAGAGCUGGCUCUGGCGGUCUUCUCAGUUGUCAAUGCCGGUUCUUUAUUUCUCAUGCAUUACACAGCCAAUAUCUGGGCGUGCUAUGCUGGCUAUUUGAUAUUCAAGUCCAGCUAUAUGCUUCUUAUAACCAUAGCAGUAUUUCAGAUUGCAGUUAAUCUGAAUGUGGAACGCUAUGCCUUGGUAUUUGGAAUCAACACCUUUAUUGCCUUGGUGAUUCAGACCAUCAUGACUGUGAUUGUAGUAGAUCAGAGAGGGCUCAACUUGCCAGUCAGCAUUCAGUUUUUAGUUUAUGGGAGCUAUUUUGCAGUAAUUGCUGGAAUUUUCCUAAUGAGAAGCAUGUAUAUUAUCUACUCAACCAAAUCCCAGAAGGAUGUACAGAGCCCUGCUCCAAGUGAGAAUCCAGGUGUGUCUCACCCAGAGGAAGACAGUAAUAUCAUCAUGUCAACAAAACUCUAACCUCAUCGCAACAAACGCAACAGUGGCUUUCAAAGUUAUGCAAUAAUAAGGAAAGAUUUUGAGAUGGGUGGCAUAUGUUUUGCCAUAACUUGACAUGCUUUGCAAAUCUGGAUUCCAAUGGACCUUUCAAAACCACAACAAAACCUCAGUUUUAGAUGAGUUCUCUAUGUGACCAAUUUUACUGGAUGCAAUUGACAGGACCCAUCAUCAUAAUUAAACAACCCAUAUUGGGGACCCCCUGUGACUAGUAGCAGCUGGAAAAUUCUGGUUUUUAUCACUUGUAAGGACAUGCAGAUGGCGUGGAACCAAACCAUGAGAAAACUCCAGCCAUCCUGGAGUUGAUAUUCACCAUUUGUGAGGAGAAAUACUAACUGGACUGACCCUAUUGCUUGGCUUAAAUACUUAUUUGAUCUUACCAAAGAAGUCAACACAUGGGACCUUUGUGUCACAUGAGCCAUUUUCUUUCCUCUUCUAUUAAGUGUAUUUCUGUUUAAGUUACAGUUCUCUAAGAGAAUUACAAUGUUUGUCCCAUUUCUAAGGGCUUCUCUUCAACUCUAAUAACAGCAUUAUUCACAAGUUA